GUGCGUGCGGCCGGUGGCUUUUCCCUGGCCGGAGGCGGUCCGCGGACGAGCUUCGCUGAACAUGGAGGCUCUGCUGAAGCGCGAGCUGGGCUGCGACCUCGUCAAGGCUACGGGUCACUCGGGGGGCGGGUGCAUUAGCCAGGGCCAGAGUUACGACACGGACAGAGGACGCGUGUUUGUGAAAGUGAACUCCAAGGCGGAGGCCAAAAGAAUGUUUGAAGGUGAGAUGGCAAGUUUAACUGCAAUCCUGAGAACAGACACCGUGAAAGUGCCCAAGCCCAUCAAGGUCCUUGACGCCCCAGGAGGCGGCAGCAUGCUCGUGAUGGAGCACUUGGACAUGCGGUAUUUGAGCAGCCAUGCUGCCAAGCUUGGAACCCAGCUCGCAGACCUACACCUAGACAACAAGAGGCUUGGGGAGACACUCCAGAAGGAGGCCGGCACUGUGGGGAAAGGAGGCGGGCAGGCGGAACGGCCCUUUGUGCACCAGUUUGGGUUUGACGUGGUGACGUGCUGUGGAUACCUCCCCCAGGUGAAUGACUGGCAGGAGGAUUGGGUCACCUUCUAUGCACGGCAGCGCAUUCAGCCCCAGAUGGACAUGGUGGAGAAGGGGUCUGGGGACAGGGAGGCCCGGGAGCUCUGGUCUGCUCUGCAGCUGAAGAUCCCUGACCUGUUUCGUGACCUGGACAUUGUCCCAGCCCUGCUCCAUGGAGACCUCUGGGGAGGAAACGUAGCAGAGGACUCCUCUGGGCCCAUCAUUUUUGAUCCGGCUUCUUUCUACGGCCACUCGGAAUACGAGCUGGCAAUAGCCGGCAUGUUUGGGGGCUUCAGCCGCUCCUUCUACUCUGCCUACCACAGCGCGAUCCCCAAGGCCCCAGGGUUUGAGGCACGCCUGCAGCUCUAUCAGCUCUUCCACUAUUUGAACCACUGGAAUCAUUUUGGGUCAGGGUAUAGAGGGUCCUCCCUGAAUAUCAUGAGGAAUCUCAUCAAAUGAGCUUCCCUGCUCUGGAGGGGGCCUCAGGCUCAGGUGCACCAGGUCCUAGCCAGACACCUGUGGCCAGCGCCUCCCAUCCCCCACAGUCCUGUCCAUCAGGGCUUGUUCCCCGAGUUGUCGUGCUAACUUUGUCCUCCUGAGGUUGUACAUUUCCUUAGACUGCAUAGCUGGAUAAAACCAGCUCUGUGUGGGUGGGCCCCGUCGUGUGGGCCCCGUUGAAACCCCUGCUGCCCAGAGGCUGAGCAGGGAAGCGGCCGGUACGCCAGGUGCUGCUGAGGACACAUUCCCCUGGUGGCUCCUCCCGUGUCAUCUCCAGGAGCAGCUCUGAUGUUCGGGAAGAUGCUUCUCGAUGGGUUAGAUGGGGGUGUAGACAUGAAACCAGUACUGAGGACAGCUUCUAAUGCCCAGUUUCAACUGAGCACAUUCCCUUUCUUUCUGUGCCUCCCUGUGCGUCCUGCCACAGGCCGACCAGUCUGGAAGCUGAUUCUGGGAGUGACCAAACUGCUAGUCUUGGGUAAAUUUAGGAGCCACCGAAUCCCUCCUGUUGGCACCCCAUCUUGCCUGCCGUUUUCCAAGCUUGUGAGUUAUUCCUUUUUAUAAAAAAUUGCUAAACCAGUGGCUUUCCCUUCCUCAUCUUAACAGUGAUGGGGAAUAUUCUUGAAUGGCAUUGAUGCUGAGAAAGUCUUUUGCAUAAACAUUUGAAUAAACUUUCAUUGAUUUCAAUGAUGUACAAGACUGUAUAUUUCCUUCAUUUGCAUCGUAAUUCAAUGUUUAUCUUAGGUGUUUGCCAAGAAACUCUGGCAGGGGCAGAGUUUGUGAUGUAUUGUGACAAUAAACAGGUACAACUGUUGUUUCUUAAAA